AUGCCUGGAGACAACACCUUACGUCCGUAUUACGACCACGAUACCUUCAACGCAGGGUAUCUGGUGAUCUUUAAGCCCGGUGUGGGGCUAAUAGAUACCACCACGCGCAAACCAGUAACGGCUUCAUUGGGCCACAAUCUAGCAAACCAAAAUGGCACUUUCCCGCCAGGAAAAGUCGGAUUGCUGGCAAUGUCCCCCUCCGGAGCUGAUCUAUUAAUGAAAUCCGCCGACAAGAACUACGUGUAUGACUUGGAGCUCCUGGAGUAUUUUGACAUGAAUAAUUUGGGUGAGCUCUUCAAGAACUUGGUAUGGAAUUUCUUUAAGAACUACUGCAAGGUUCUUCUUUCACAACCAUUGGAGAUUGUGCGGUUGGUUCUUCAGGUUGGUUAUUUUGACUUUACACUGCCUGCUAAAAACGACGCCAACUACUCACGUUUGAUGGAUGACAUGGAGCCAAACUCGAAGUCCGUGGACUUGCUUUCAUCUGAUGACUACGAGGAGGAAAUCGACUACUUCCAGCUGACAGAAUUGGCAGAGGUGCCUGCCAAUCGCCUCAAGAGGACGGAGACCCCUCCGCAGGUGAAACGGGCCAAAAGCAAGAAUCCUAAUAAGAUCUAUCCAAUCUCUCGACACACCAUCGACAUCAUGACGGCCAUUGCAUCUAAGGAUGGACCAUUUGCUUUAUUCAAGGGUAUUAACGCCUCGUUCAUCCAUUACACGUUGUCGCACACAAUUGAGGCGUGGAUCACUGGAUUUUUAUCGCCAUUCUUGGCCAUUCCUGAUCCAUUUUUCCUUGAUUUGACUCAUUCCACUGAACCUGCAAAGUCGCUUUGGCUCUCGGUCCUGGCUUGUGUGUUAGCAGGCGUAAUAUUGAUGCCUCUUGACUUGAUUAAGGUUAAACUCAUGCUUACGCAAUUUAACAAGCCUGCGAUUGCCGAACCACAUACUCCACAGGAGAGUAUAAUGACUACAGACAACGAUGCUGCUCACUGGGCUGCCUCAACGUCUCCUGAACCAACUGCACUUUCCCAUGCUCCAGAGCACUCGACCAUGAAUCAAAGAUCUGUUAGAGACUCCAUCCGGAAUUUCCCUCAUGGUGUGCUCCUCCGGCCACCUCCAACGAUUGUGUUGCUUACGGUUCUCCAUCAAUUCUCCACUACUGUGUUCAGAAAACUGGCUCCUUAUUUGUUGUUUGUGCGCUACAAUAUCGACUCAUACCUGUCUCCCAAUCUCUAUACGGUGGUGAAUCUUAUGCUUCUGUUGAUGGAACUCUUCAUCAAGUUGCCCGUGGAAAAUAUGUUGAGAAAGGAGCAAGUUCGUUUCUUAUUGACGCCCAAGCCUGUUUCGGAGGACCCAUACCGUGUGGUGACUAUUGACGACCCGAGCGAGAAUUUGAUUGUGACCUUCAAUGGAUGGGAUGCGUCUCAAUUGCUCGACGAGGAGGGCGAACAAAAAUUAAGUUUCUGGACAAGAUUCCGCAUUUUGGGACUUUUCAACGGCUGGCGUGUGGGUGUUUUGAAUGUGAUAGGGUUCUGGGGCUAUAACAUCUUCAAGAGCUCAGCGGUGAUGGCGGAGGAGAGACUUUAA